AUGUAAAUGAGAUUGACAUUCUCAAUAAUUGUGAAGAAGUGGUGGUUACGAGGCAGACAUCUGAUGUUGUAUCGGAAAUGUUUCAAAAGCAAUAAAUACUUGAAACCUUUAACAAGUUGUGUUGUAUUAAAGGUUUGCUUUCAACAACAUAUUUCCACGCAUGCUAUACUUCAAGAGCGACAACAGUUUAGAGAAGAGUGGCUGAAGUUUUUAGUAUGCCCCGUCUCCAAACAACCUCUUCGUUAUGAUUCGAAAAGGAAUGAAUUGGUGAAUGAUUCCUUGUUCAUUCGAUACCCAAUUCGUGAUGGUAUACCACUAUUGACUCCUUGGGAUGGAAACAAAGAAACGGAGCAUAGAUCAACACAAUCCACAGAGAGAGGAGUUUAGAAAGAUGACUGCAUAAGAGACUGGGAAAGUAUAAUAACAACACAGUAAGGAGAUAUAAAUAUUCUUGGUUCCUACUCAGAGUCCAAGUUGUAGAUAAUUUUCAAUAUAAAAUAUUUCCAAUAUAAAAGUAAAGAAUAUCAGAAUAUCAUUUCUUUACGGAAUGUUGCCAUUGUGUAAAACCAACAGUUCCUCGUUCCUUAUUAUAAAAAUGCAUCCAAAUGU